CCAGCUCACAGCUCUCCACACGCCCAGCAGGUCUGUCCGGCCGUCUGUCCGUCCGUCCGUCUGUGGGAGUGCUCCAGGUGCGGCGUAGCGCAGCUUGCACCAUGUACGCCCAGGGGCUGCCGGGGCUGGUGGUGCUGCUGCUGGUCACCUCGCUGCCAGCCGGUCACCCUGCGCCGCCGGCCAGCCCCCCGGCCCUGCGGAGCGGUUUGGGUAGUCCCUCUUCGUGCCACCUCUCCCGGACUGAGUCGGAGCUCAGGUGCCGCGUCCCGGGGGGAAAGCUGUGCAGUGACAGGGGCAGAUGUGAGUGUGGAGUCUGCAUCUGCCAAGUGACCGAGUCCGGCAAAUACUACGGUCCGCUCUGCGAGUGCCACGACUGGGUGUGCGAGAUCUACGACGGGAAGAUCUGCGCAGGCCAUGGGAAGUGUGACUGUGGGAAGUGCAAAUGUGAUGAAGGCUGGUAUGGUGAAGCUUGUCAGUAUCCAGCUACUUGCAAUCUUACACGGAAGAAAAGCAAUGAAAUGUGCAAGAAUUCUCAAGAUAUCAUCUGUUCUGGUGCAGGCACAUGUCAGUGUGGCAGGUGUAAAUGUGCAAACUCAGAAGGAAACGGACUGGUCUAUGGUAAAUUUUGUGAAUGUGAUGACAGAGAAUGCAUAGAUGAUGAGACAGAAGAGAUUUGUACAGGCCACGGAAAGUGUUACUGUGGAAACUGUUACUGUGAGGCUGGUUGGCAUGGAGAUAAAUGUGAAUUCCAGUGUGACAUCACCCCCUGGGAGAUCAAGAAACGAUGCACAUCUCCAGAUGGCAAAAUCUGCAGCAACAGAGGCACAUGUGUAUGUGGAGAAUGCACAUGCCAUGAUGUAGACCCAACUGGUGACUGGGGAGAUAUUCAUGGAGAUACUUGUGAAUGCGAUGAAAGAAACUGCAAAGAAGUGUAUGAUAGAUAUUCUGAUGACUUCUGUUCAGGUCACGGACAGUGUAAUUGUGGAAGGUGUGACUGUAAAGAAGGAUGGACUGGGAAGAAGUGUGAACAUCCACGUUCUUGUCCAUUGUCAAUUGAGGAAAGUGCUAAGAAAUGCCAAGGAAAUUCUAAUUUACCUUGCUCUGGAAGAGGGAGAUGCGAAUGUGGCCAAUGCACUUGUUUUCCUCCUGGAGACAACAGAGUUCAUGGCAAAAACUGUGAAUGUGAUGAUCGACAGUGUGAAAAUGUGGACGGCGAUGUGUGUGGGGGCCAUGGUGUCUGCUCAUGCGGCCGAUGCAUUUGCCAGGACGGGUGGUUUGGAAAGUUGUGCCAGCAUUCAAGGAAGUGCAACAUGACGGAGGAGGAGAGCAGAAGUCUCUGUGAGUCAGCGGAUGGCGUAUUAUGCUCAGGAAAGGGUUCCUGCCACUGUGGAAAGUGCAUCUGUUCACCACAGGAAUGGUACAUUUCGGGCGAAUUCUGUGAAUGCGAUGACAGAGACUGUGACAAACAUGACGGUCUCAUUUGCACAGGCAAUGGCGUUUGUAGCUGUGGAAACUGUGAGUGCUGGGAAGGAUGGAAUGGAAAUGCUUGUGAAAUCUGGCUGGGGAGAGAAUACCCUUAACAAAGGACAUCAAAGACUGUGGGGUGUUUUUUUGUUUGUUUUUUUCUUUAGGCUGCUAGAACAUUUAAUUUCGGGAGUACUCAGUGUGUGGGUGUGCAUGCACGCACAUGUGCCUGGGUGUAAAUACUUUAGAACAUUCAUUUGAGGGCCUGCUCCUUAAAGAAAGGCAUGACAAAACUAAAAAAAAAAAAAAUUAAAAAAUCACUUUGGAGCAGAACAGUUCAAGCUCUAAAAGGUGAAGUCAUAAAGUAUUGGCCCUGUGGAACUUCUCCAGAGUUUAUUGGUAAAGUCGUUGGGACUAAGAUUACACCCAUAAUGGCUAUUUCUUACGCAACCUUUGGAAAAGGUGUAAGAAAGCCUUUUUUUAACAUUAUUUACUUGGUUGUCACCUCUCCAUAUUGCUAUGCAACAGUAUUCCAGUAGAAGAGCAGCACUAGUUGAAUAUUUGUCAAAUAAUUAAUUCGAUUAAUUCGAUGAUGCUUGACAAAUGCAUUGUUUGGCCCUUUUUUCUUUCUAACAAUCCUAAUUAUGCAUCAGGUCAUAAAUUGAGAGAAGCUGUAAAGAAGCUUAUCAAAACAUUAAUGAUUUUUUUUUUUUGUCAAAGACUUGUAUAACUGAAGUCCAAUUACCCAACAACCAUAAACUGAAGACCCAAAAUGUUUGAACAGUUCAAACUCUUAGUUUCUGUGGUUAAUAUGUCAGUAAGUUGGUUAUCUAGUCUACAUACUACGAUACUUUCAAAUACAUAACCUAUAGGAGUAUAAGGAAUUAAACUAAUAAAGAUAUAAAUGUAUGAUUAGCUGUUCUGACUGUGUAUCCUGCAACCCAUAUGUACUUUUAUCAUACUGUUCUAUGUAUGUACAGUUGCAUAGUCCUCUUAAAAGUAAAGCAAAUGAAAAAUUCUUAUACUAAUAACUUUUAGGAUGACAAUUCAGUAUGCUAUUAGAAAUCACUGUUUGGAACGGAUUGCACUGUCACACAUGGUAUUCAUUGAAUUUAACUGCUUUUAUAGAAGUGAGGAGCCUGAAGGUCAACUGACUUGAAAAAUCAGCUUUUCUAUGCAGUAGUCUGGUCUCAGCCAAAGAUGUUCAGACAAUGGCAACAAAGUAAUUAAAGUUUUAAUACAGUAAAUACAAACAAAGCAGUGGUAUGAACAAAAAUUUUAUUUUUCUUUUCCAGUGGUGAAAUGCUGCUCAGUGUGAAAUUCACAUUGAGUUAUGAAUGAUGCACAACUAUUGGGACUUCCCUAACUUAUUUACAUGAGUCUUUUUUUUUUCUUUUUUUUUUUAAUACAUGUAGAUUUGGCAGCCCUUGAAUUCUUUAGAGCAAAAAAAGAUACAUACAUUUUAGUUUCAAAAGUGUUUACAUUUUAUGAAACCAUGAUUGAGCAAGAAAUUGCUUAAAUGGUUGGAAAAUAUUUCUUUUUAAUACCGAACUGUAACAUUGUGGUUUAGGUGCCAAGGUCCUAAUUUUUGAAGAGGUACAUGACUCAGAGAUAAGGGAAUUAUAUAUCAACCAAAAAAGGUAUUUCCAAUAUUAGUCUAGAAAUUAGUUUUCUUUUAGAAAGGACAAUUUUGAAAUAGGAACAUACAAUGGUACAGAAUAUGUAAUAGAAUGCAAAAAAAUUUAAAUGAAUUUAUUUAAUCACUUUUAUUAAUCCCCCCUCCCAUGUAGUUUGCUCUUUCUCUUACCCAAUUUUUUUUUCAACCUGGAUUCUUUCUUUCUAAAAACAAAGCUUUUGAAACCCAUGUUCUCAGGGAGUAUAAUCACCAAACGUCCAUGCAUAUCUUAAAAUGGAUUGAUACGCUAUAAAGAAUCUUCAAAGUAAAAUUCAUCUUGAAAUUAUACUUUAUAUUUUAUACUUAUAGCCCUUAAACUGUGUAGAGCUUAACAGGAAUAUUUUCUUAAAUUUCAACAUAUAUGCAUUUUGUCAACUCUGGUUUUUGGAGAGCACAGAUUGUUGGUUUUAUUUAUAUUUAUGAAUACCGCUGACCUGAAUCAUCUUAGAAUCAGUGUUUUUUUCAUAUAUACAUUUGUCUGCUGAAUCAGUCUAAGCAAUGAAAGAUACAAAGUUUUCCUUGAUUUCCUUCCAUUUGUAUUUAGUACCGUAACUAGAAAGUAAUAGAUGAUCAAAACUCUUAUCUAGGUUCAGUAGACGCUUCUGACUUGUUUCAUAGCAUGAUAAGCAGAUUUAUAUAAUACUGUAGAUCAGCUGUGGUAUUUCAGAUAUUCAUAGACAAAAGAACAAUUUUUAGAGGGUUGCAGUGUCAUAUUUGAUGCAUUUUACUUUGUAAUUUUCUUUCAUUUUAAAUUUAUAUACUUAAAAAGUGUAAGAUGAUUCUGAUUUCUAGUUAGUUACAUUUUUAAAAAAAAAAAACAAUCGACUCCAGCAUUUUGGCUACUGGAUGGAUUACAUAGCCAUAGCAUUUCAAAAAGUGUUAUCCAAGUUGUUUGUUAAGGUACAUAUUGAAAAAUAUUAGAAUAUUCCAAGACAGCUACUGUCAAUGUUUCAUUAAAAUGUAAAUUAUCAAACAAAAUGGUGCUAUCGCUAUAAACCUUAAAGCAUUAACUAAGACUACUAAAAAUACAAUGUAUACAUAAAUUCCUUUCCAAUUUUUAUUCUGUUCCUUACACUGUUCCUUGAACAUUCCCCCCACCCUUCAUGCUGAGGUAACUGGUGAUGUAACUCCCAGCAGAUCUCUUCUGUGGCUCAUUUCCUCACUAGAAAAAUGAGAUCGGAAGGAAUAAGAUUAUUAUUCCACACACAUGAAAAUAAUAGCUAUAUUAAUAGAUUGUGAUUGUACACCUCAUUCACCAUGACGGGAAUUCCAGAUAUGUAAACUGUAAAAGCAGGAAGAGGUGUAAAGGAGUGAAACAUACCACUUGAUUCUUCAUACCUACUAACUGUAAAAACUUGCUUCCAGGCCUGUGGCAAAAGGCAGUUCUAGGUGGCAAAAACAAAUUGGAUAAAUGGGAAUUUUGUACUGGCUCGACUGGUAAAACUUAUAAACAAAAGAUACUAUAGCCUUGCUUUCUUCUUAGGAGAGAAAGAACACAAUCCAGAAGUGUGCUGAAUGCUUCUACAAUGGACUUGCAAGAUUAUGCCUAUUGGAUAUAACAUAUCUGUAAUAUCACCUAUAAACCAGCUGUGGAUUGGUUUGCUUCUAUAAAUUAUUAACCUACUUGUGAUCCUUUUUUCCCUGGCCAUACUCUCUGUUAGAAACACGUAGAUGAACAUUUAGUCAUGUACCUGCUCUGACAUUUCUGAUGCACUGCCCUUGCUUCUCUACAGAAUGACAUCUCACUUUGUAGCUAAAUGAUACAGCUAAAUGAGACUGGGAUGAAGAAAGCUAAGCUGAGUAUGUCUGUGACUAGGUAAUACAACAAAAAUUUUAUUACAUCUUUAAAAAUAAGCCACAGCAUUUGCAUUAGUCAUCACACCCCCCCCCCCCCGUUAUUAGACAUUUUAAAAUGCACUGCACAGAGUAUGAAUUUAUUUAAAUGAGCAUUUAAAAGAAAGAUAACCUCCUUACUUAGUCUAAUUUUACUUGCGUUCCCAUUUGAAUAGAGCUGAAUAAUUUCUUUUUUAUACCAAUAAACAGAUGGAUCAACAAGACACACUUUUAAUGCAUGGACCAAACUGCUUGCUUUCAUACCUCAUUGCUUACAGUGGUUUUAAACCAAGAGAAAAAGUUUCCCUAUAUAUAUAUAUAUAAAAAGUGAGUUCUUAGUGUUGUUUCAGGUAUAUACCAUAGUCAAAGAAGUGAAUUGCUUUACUUUUUUUUUUUGGGGGGGGGGGGGGGUGGAGGGGAAGGAAGGGGUUAAGAACCAACCUGACUCUACACAAGUUAAAUUUUAUGAAAAUGACAGUAUAUUAAAAAAUUAUUUGAAAGUGGCUAAAAAACCCAGGAAAUUAAGCAAAAGCUGUGUUAUGUGAACUACAAAGCACUUAAAAGCUAUAAACACCUUUCUAUAGGCUCUAUAAUGUCAGCAAUCUCAUAAGGAUUCUUGUAUAUUUAUAAAAUUUUUGAAGUACAACAAAAUGGUGCUUUGUUGAAGUAGUUCAUAGCUACUUAAAACUGGAUUUCUAAAACUGUGCAUGUGUGACUGAUUUUGCCAAAUAGAACUGUAGCUGAAAUACAGAUUAUAAAAAAAAAAAGGAAAGAAAUAAUGACUGUGGUAAGAUGAGGUUGGAUUGCUGUGCAAACAGUCUCUUAGAGAUUAGAUAAAACCCAGAAGAACAAAACACAAAGCAAGCAUGCAAAAGAUCUGGAAUGCUGCAGAUUCACAGACAGCUGGACAUGUAAGUACAAAAACCCCAAUCUGUAAAUACAAAUUGAUUCCAUCAGGUUUACGAUACAGUACUUUAGUAGUAACAGACAGUUGAAAACAGCUUUCACUUAACAGCAAAAUUAAUUUUAGGGGGAAGAAAAUGGUGAAGUCUCCUCCUGGAGAACAGCAAGAGAGGUAUUAUAUUAAGGAGCUAAAAUUUUCUUUGGCAUGGUAAAAGGGGAGAGCUGAGUUUGCCAAUCUAUUUACAUGAAGUUUCACCAUCCUGUGGCCAGUGCAAUGAUGUUUUGCACAAUCUACUUCUUACAUAAACUUUUUUGUUGUUUUCCAGUAUGCCUUCAUAUAAAUGUUUUAUUCAUCAUGUUGAAUCUGUGUAUACAACAAAUAAGAAUAAACACAAACUGUACAAUGCAGACAAACUCUUUGCAUAUAUGUACGUAAAUUUAGUAAUACAGACCAACAGUUCUUUGAUAGACACAACCUACGACAUGCAGUUCAUCCUUGCCAUCGUCUUCCCAUGCAACAGAUGAGACGAGACAAACUUAAAGGGAGGAAACAAAGCACAAAGACUCUUUGCUAUGUUUAAACAGAUUGUAGAAAAAAUAUUUUUUAGGACAACUAUUCAUUGGAUUAAACACACAUAUGGAUUUAGCCGAUAGAAACAAAGCCAGAAAAGAAUUUUUUAAAAAAAGCUGUAUUUCUAGUAUGUACUAACUGCUUACAAAAAUUAAAUCUGGCCUUAAUUAUAGCCCCCCAAAACUGGCUCGCAGAUCAUAAUUAUCCAGGAUCAAAAAUUUAAUGUUGAAAACAAUGCUUAUGUAGCAUCGGGACAUGAACCAGAACCUCCUCGCAUGGCUCAGCUAGUUCUCCAGCCCUCUCUCUCCCCAGGCUUUUACUCAGGGACAGUAAAAAGACAGCUGGAUGGGACCUGAACAUGUGUAUAUUUCCUCCUCAUGAACUUUUAUGAAAUUCAGGUGAGAGAGAAAGAGAAUGUAGCCUUCAGCUGUAUUAUCUUACUCAAAAUGUUGUGAAUUGCUCCCUCUAUAAUUGCAGGAAGGCCUGGGGCCUCCUCUGGGACUCAGCAGACUGUACAACAUAAAGGCUGCUGUCUGCCAUGGGUCCCCCAGAUGCAGAGCAAGCCCCCAGCUCACCACGUGAGUU